GCCACGUUACACGAUACCCGUAAUUGCUUUGUGUUCAUCCGAUGGGCGGAUGCAAAUCUGAACUGUAGCGCUGUGACAGUGUCUCUCAGGGACGACGAAUGUGCACAUCAUCCCUGGUACAGCACUGUUGGCCGGCGCAGUGCGCACCAAAGCAUAGUCCGAACCGCGGCCCUAAUGUGGUGGGGUGCGCGGCCGACGGCGCCAGUUUCGGCAGGCCCGUGUUUCUAGUCGUCUCCAUGGAAACCGCGUGCCACUACCACCGCCGCUGCCACCUCGCGUGCCUGUAACAUCAGGAAAUGUGCGACGGAGGUCCUUGGCCCGGCUGUUCUGAGCUCUAAGGCACCUUACCCGAGGCUGACCUCUCAGCUCCUGGUCUCUCUGCCGUCUGCGUGUCAGUCUCCCGGCUCUCGAUCAGCGCGGUCCGGUGGGUCACGUGACGUCACGUGCCAGGGGAGGCCCGGACGCACCUGUUCGUGCAGCGGCGGGUCAAUGGAUCGAUUAGCGGCGCUGGAGGUGCCGUGAUGUCCUGACGAGCCGCCACAGACGUGCUGCGGCCGUCGGACCGAGCUAAAGCAGUGUACAGACGGAGACUCGGCAAGAUUACGGACGGAGCUGCUACAGUGUACGAACGGAGUCGCAGCGCAAGGACGGAGCUGCGACAGUACACGGACGGAGCAAAAGCAGUGUAUAAACGGAAUCAACGCAGCGUACGGACAGAGCUACCGCAGCGAACGGACGGAGUUGUCGCACUGAACGGACGGAGUUGCGACACGGAGCGGACGGAGCUGUGGCAGUGUGUGUACCGCGCCGAAGUGUACGGACGGAGCCGCUGCAGCCUACGAACAGAGCCGCGCCAGGUUACGGGAGAGUCAAGGCGUUGUCUUCCUGUACGGUGAUCGGAGUCUCCGCACACAGUCUGUGAGGGACGUUUGGAAACUGUCAUGGAGCUGCCACCGACACUGCCGCUGAUGCUGCUACUGCUGGCUAUCUGGAUACCAAGGUCAACGGCCAAAGUGGUGCAGGGCCAUCUCCGCACCAGAGAGCAAUGGGCGUUUCUGACGAGGUUCUGCUUCCUGUCUGGAGAGGGCAAGUUUUCCUAUCAGAUAGAAUACGAUGCGAAGUACGCAGUGCAAAAGCUGCUGCUCUAUUACGACACAGACGACCAGUGGCCAGCGAUCUACAAUACGGGAAAGACGUGCUCGGAGAAAUUGUCGGUGCUCAGUGACCCGAUGCGCCACCAGUUCAUCAACCUCAGCUCCCAGCUCAGCACCUUCAGUGGCUGCGAGAUGAGGCGUGAGACGGGCCGCGAGCCCACCUACUUCUGCGUCGGCAACCGCACCUUCAUCUCCUCCAGGGAGCGCUGGUGGUUCAUAGCCGUCAGCAACUGCGACUCGGAAAAGGGUCUCGACCUGAAGUAUGACUUUCUGAUGACUAAUGGUCCCGAGGAGAACUCCUGGUUAUACCACUUCUCAGCCGACGAAAUGUAUAUUCUGCGGACCAACAUAUGCAUGCUGUGCGGCCAGCUAGUCGUCCUCUUCGCAAGCAUCAUCUUAUCCGUGGAGCUGAGGAACCGGGGCCUGUUCCACACCACCUACAAGCUGUUCAUGGCGUCGCUGCUGCUGCAGACGGCCGGCCUGGCGCUCCUCUGCGCCGCCUACGCCCGAUACGCACAGGACGGCGUCGGCCUGCCAAAGUCCAAACUGAUCGGUCGUGUUCUGGAGGCUGGCAGCGACUUCACCUUCCUGCUUCUGCUGCUGCUCUGCGCUAAGGGCUACACCAUCACUCGCGGGAGGCUGCGGCAGGCCAGCGCCAUCAAGCUGACCAUCUUCCUCGCCCUCUACGUAGCUACCUGGGCCGUGCUCUUCGUCUACGAGCAGGUGUUUUUCGACCCCGGCGAGGUGCUCUACCUGUACGAGUCGCCCGGCGGCUACGGCCUGAUGCUGCUGAAGCUGCUCGGCUGGGCCAUGUUCAUCUACUCCACCUCGUUCACCAUCAAACACUACCCGGAAAAGUGGAGCUUCUACCUGCCCUUCUCCAUGUACUACACCGUCUGGUUUCUCUCGGCGCCGAUGGUCAUCAUGUGCUCCAACUACCUCAUCGACAAGUGGGUGCGAGAGAAGGUGGUCAACGGCGUGGAGCACGGCAUCGCCUGGUGCGGACAGGUGUUCUUUCUGAUUCUGACGCGUCCAACGGCGGCCAACAAGAACUUCCCGUUUCACGUGCGGACCUCCCAGAUCAGCAUCAUGGAGCAGCGCCCGAACGGUACGGCCGGCAACAACAACCUGGACCACUUCAGCGCGCACCCGUACGCGCCCAGCGCGCCGAACGGGGGUCCGUGGCGCGGCGCCGACCGCCAGAGCACGCCCACCGAGCUGUUUGUCAUCUCGGCGCCGCAGAUGAUCCCGUCUGUGCCCGGCGACAAGCCGUACAUCAAACAGGAUGCCAGCUUUCCUCACCAACGAAACGGCAACGUACUGGAGAACUGACAACGCUGCCAGUGAUACCGAGUCGUCUCCUAACACAACGUCACACAAGCCGCGGAUAACGUCACAGUAUAGUAUGAUACCAGCUGCAAAUGACGUCGACUCUGAGACACUCGGUCGCCAGAGGCCGAUCUUGAAUAUAGUUUUCGGCCAACAGUUUAGAGCUCAUGACGAACGAUGAUGAUGUUUUAGGGCGCCUUGACUGCGGUGGUCAUCGGCGCCCAAACUUAAAAGCUCAGAAUCCCCAAACGGGUCAAACCAAGUGGUAGCGGUUUGUAGAUGGUCAGCAUAUUCAAGAUUUGUCUGACAUUCAGACAUCGCGCUCAGCGGUUCAGAAAAGAGAACCACUCGGCACACUCAUUGGCCAUUGCGCUGUGUGCCGUGACGAUUUAUGGGUUAUCGGAAAAGACAGGGGCCCUGUCUUUUCCGAUAACCCAUAAAUCGUCACAGGGGACUGGUCACUUAUAGUCGGCAGCAUUUUGAUAUGAUAGGCGUGAUUAAGUUACAUGUGAUGUUGUUCGUCAUUUGUGCACCUUUUUUCACAAUAUGUCGUGAUUGGCGUGGAUGGGGCAUAGACGACAUUUAUAGGGCUGUGCCCGACUUGACGUUCUUUAAUCGUAAAAGCCGUCCGUUUCACCCGUCCGCUUUCGCAGUCGUUUGACAUACUGCGACAUAAGUAAGAUGUUCUUGCAUGCACCUAACGAUAUGUGCACUGGUAGGUGGUUGUAGCACACUGAAUACGUAACAUCAAAAGUAACGUGGCGCUGGAGAUGUGUGCAAUAAAAACUCAAUUAUUGCGCAAUGAUGCUAUGUUGGUUAUGGUGAGAUAAACCUCAAGUGUCGUACUUUGGAUAUGUGCCCUGUACUGCCACCAAUACAACACGAG